UUAGGGUCAGGUCCACACUUCACUAUAACAUAAGUUCAACAAAAUCAAUAGGGUUUGAAUUGAAAAUAAAUACAUGGUGCCCUAUUUAUAAAAUGUGUUACUUUAUAUUAUGGCUGAUGUGUAUCUAAAAAAGCUGUUAACUAAUUAGUAGACCUUUUAUUUCAGCCAUUGUUCUCUUGACUUACUUGUCAGUUUCUACAUAUUUGAUUUCACCCUAAAAACAAAAUCUUUGGGGUAACGGGAACUAGAAUAUUUUAUACUGCAAAUAAACCAACGUGAAAGUGAAAAGAAUUAUCCAUACAAAUGGCUUAAACAAAAGAGAUAGAUGCAUUUAACAUUCGGGUUAAAACAGAGGUACAAUAAUAAUAUCAAUAACAGUAAUAAUAAUAAUAACAAUAAUAAUAAUAAUGUGUAGAAUGAAUGGCUGUGAAACGAUAUACCAAUUUCUAUAAGACAGAGGAGGAAGCUGAACUUUGUUCAUGAGUAACUCUUAGAUUUCUGUUCCGGGUAUUUUCAUUAUUGUUGUUAACUGUUUGCUUGCUGUAGAUUGUAACAAAUACAAGUUUGUCAAAUUCCUGACUGCCUAGCCCUUUAAAUUUACAAGUCUGGUGGUGGGGACUGUAGAGUUCCUCUGCUGCAGAGCAAUUGCCACAUGUCCCCGUCAUAGCAUUUCAGCAUUCAAAGAAUCAUAGCCGUUACUGAUGCACUACCACUCUUCUGAUAAAAAUACUGGUUUUCUCUGCCAGACAGCAAACUGAUUGAUUCUUAUUACGGAUUCUUUUCAUCCAGGGAGUGAGCGACAGCCUGGUCACAUGUGGGUGAGAGAGAGUUUCUGCUUCAGUGUGGGUGAAAAAGACUGAAUUUGCUGCUGGUUUGUGUAUGUGUUUUUGAAAGUAUGAAUUAAAACUAAAUCUGCUUGUGUGAAUCCAUGUUGUGGGUGAGUGUGGCUGAGUGCAUUGGAGUGUGAGUAAGUAUUAGCACGUGAAAAUAUGUUGCUUCUGCAUCAAGGGGACAUCUGAGAGUCGCUGUGUCUAUUCUGUAAGAAGAAAUGUCGAUUAUAUGUGCCAAGGUGGCAUGGCUGCCACUAAUUCUGGGAACUGCCGUAGGCUUCUUCACGACUUUCUACUUGGUUCAAAUACUUUUGGAGAGAAAUUCACAGCCUCCAUUAGUAAUCCGAUCAUGGAAGAACACGGAGCUACUACCAGAGGUCGGAAUGCCUCAUUUUCAUCUGCCAGAAGAUGGCAGUGUGAGUGAGGAACUCUCCAAAAAAGUCAGAGUUCUUUGUUGGAUCAUGACUGGACCAUCAAAUCUACAGACCAAAACUAUUCAUGUGAAGAAUUCCUGGACCCGUCACUGCAAUGUAGCACUAUUCAUGAGCUCCAUCACCGAUAAUCAGUUCCCUACCACUGGUCUGGGAACUGGGGAAGGCAGAGACAAACUUUACUGGAAAACAAUACGUGCCUUCCAUUAUGUACACAAGUACUAUCUGAAUGAGACAGAAUGGUUCUUCAAGGCAGAUGACGAUACAUUUGUAAUAAUGGACAAUUUGAGAUGGAUGCUUUCAAAUUACACCCCUGACCAGCCGAUUUACUUUGGGAAGCGCUUCAAACCAUAUAUCAAGCAGGGUUACAUGAGUGGAGGAGCUGGAUAUGUUCUUAGCAGGGAAGCCCUUAUACGCUUUGUAGAAGGUUUCCGUACUGGUGUCUGCACACACACAACCUCAACCGAAGAUGUGGCAAUAGGUAACUGCAUGCAGCUAGUGGGAGUGAUAGCUGGGGACUCAAGGGACACUGAGAAAAGAGAAACCUUCCACCCUUUUCCUCCCGAACACCAUAUGACUAUGAGAUUUAGAGAAUCGAAGUCAUUCUGGUACUGGAGCUACUGUGUCUAUCCUAUUGUGGAGGGUCCCCAGUGCUGCUCGGAUCUGGCCAUAUCCUUUCAUUACAUUGAUCCUGAAGACAUGUAUGCUUUGGAAUAUUUUACAUACCAUCUCCGAGCAUAUGGAUACCAAUAUCGUUACCAGCCACCGUUACCAGAGAAUGCAGACAACCUCCCUGUUUACAUACAGAAUGAAACUGUGAAACCUAAUAGAACCUUAUCUGAUUUCUUAGAACCACCAAUGGAGUGAUAAAGCAUCAUGGGAAUUUGGACCUACAAUGAUGUUUUAGCAUGAUGCCGACAAUGACACCCUACAAUUUAUCAUGACUUUUUAUGGUUAAUUAUUUUGUUUUGCAGCUUGCCUGGAUAUAGAAUUUAACCUUUUCAUUUUAAGAUGGGUAUAUGCUUAAAGAUCUGCUCAUUUGUCAACAGUGCCAAAUGUUCAGAUUUUAAUGGGAAUUUCCCACAUGCUGAGCCAGAUAGGUAAAAUCUGAUGAUAUUGCCCUGGGUCAAUACUAGGAAAAUAAAAAAAGGCCUAUAAAGAAGUGUCCUCAGAGGACCACAUAAUGAUACCAAUGUUGUCCCAGUCCAACAGAUAACUGGCUGAUAUUGGUCGCUCAGGCCAUUGUCAGAGGAUACCAAGUUCAAUAUCAAAUUGAAGAAUAUAUGGGAUAAGUCUUUAACAGAUACAUAAGAAAGAAAAGAAAAAUAGCAAUAACAAUAAAAAUCCAACCACACCAAAAUGAAGAUAAAUAGCAAAAUAGCUUGUGUAUCUUAGUGUAAAAGGGAAGUUGAACUAGAUUAGUUUAUUGCUCCUUUCUGAGUUUAUAUAAAGGCACUAGGUCAGUUUAAUGCUCUUAUACAAGUGAUCAAUUUCUAAGGCGAUAUUCACCACAAGCCCAGCCCCUCCCCAAUCUCUCUCCUACAUUCCAGUAGUUCAGGGGUGUCCAAACUUUUUGCAACGAGAGCCAUAUUUGGUGAGGUGAAAAUGUGUGGGGGCCGACCAUUCAGCCUGACGCCACUAUCCCUUCCGAGGUAGUUAACUUGCAAUCAGGAUCAUUCACUCACGGAGGUGGACGCGUACAUAUCGUUUAGGGAGUGGAGAAGUGAAGUGUGUUUGACUUAUUCUCCAUGCCUCAUUUAAACAAGGAAUCACGUACCGUAGCAGUAAUAUUUACUUGGUAAUGACAAAUCUGUCAAUGCUAAUACCUAAGGCAUGAAUGGGCAUUAACAUACUCAGAGAAUAGCAAAUGUGCUGCAUGGACAGCAAAGUGGAGUCAUGGUUAGAAUGUUUGCCCUCAGAGUGACACUUUGGGAAUGUAUCAGUGAAUGGGUAGCAAUGAAAUCAAGUAAAAAGAUAAUUCAGCACUGUACUAUAUAAACGAUGCACUCUGCUUGUUGUGAAUCAGACUUGACAUACAUCAGGAGAUAAGCUGCAAGCACAUUCACAUUACACCAUAGAAUUGAUAUUACCACUGCACUGCAGAUAUUUGAACGCAUAGCCAAAAACCGUAUAGAUUAAAAUGCAUAAUAAUUUAUAGAUAAUUUGAAUAAAAAGA